UAUCCCCAUUCGCGGCCGGCGUGGCGUGUUCGCGAUCCAGCUGUUGACGUCGCCAGCAGCGCACCACACAGCAAAACAUUGCACGCCGACGCCCUGAAUUUCGCCUCUUUUCGCCCAAUUCCUGCCGAAGCGCGGCCCUGCAAUGGACGUUUCUGCCUUCGGAGACGAAAACUUUGAUCCGGCCGAAUGGAUCAACAAGAUGUACAAUUCGGCGCCAGCUGACUCGAACGAAAAUAAGGAGGAGUUUCUUAUGGCCCUGCUAAAAAAGCUGCAAGUCUACACCCACCAAGUUAGCAAUGCCCUCGAAGAGUCGAGUCAAAAAGUUCUGCAAAAUUUUCCUCGUGUCGUCAGAGAUACGGAGCUUUUAAAUCAGGAGGCUCUUCUGCUGAAAGACAAAAUGCACUCCGUGAAAGAAGAAUUAGCAAAGGCUGAACAAGAUACAGGGCAUUCCAUGGCAGCUCUGGAAAAAAUCAACCGAUUGAAAACUGACCUCCAGGCUGCCAAACAGGCCUUGCAUGAGGCUGACAAUUGGACAAUACUAGUAACCCAAUUCGAAGAGAGCUUUGAGAAGUCAAAUCUUGACGCAAUGGCUGCAAAGCUGGUCAGUAUGCAGCAAAGUCUGCGAAUUUUGGCCAAUGCGCCAGACGUUGAGGCAAAGCAGUUGCAAUUGGAAGGUUUGAAAAACAGGCUAGAAGCUAAAGCAAGUCCUGCUUUGGUUCAAGCAUUUACAGCAGGAUCGUUUGAUGAAGCAAAGAGACUAGUUAAUGUUUUUGAAUCGAUCGAAAGGCUACCGCAGCUGCUGAAAUAUCAUCAUAAGUGUCAGGAAAAGAAUCUGUACCAAAAACUGAAAGACUUGGCCGAAAUGGAGCAGGAUGAGUUGGCAGACGAGUGCUUGAGAAGAAUUUAUGACGCAAUUCUUGUCGCUUGGAAUGAUCAAGCAAAGUGGUGUUCAAACAUCUUUCCGGAUACGCCUAGCUUGAAUAUUUUGCUACCACUCUUUGCCGAUCUCUUAGUGGCCUUAGAACCAUCGAUCAGCUCUUGUGUUGGAUCAGCUUUGAGCCACGAGGACUGCCUAGGAUCCUUACUGGAUCUCAGACUUGUGACAAAAAAUUUUGGGAACAAGCUAAACGAGUCAGUUCACAACUUGAUACAAGAUCGUAGUCCAGAUCCGGACAUGAUUUUGGCUUUGGCGCAAGCAACAAAUGCGCCAUGGGUUAUUGCCGUCCAACGUUACGGGGAACUUGAAAAGCCUCGCCUUUUGUCAACCCUCUCCCAGCCGGAAGCUUUGGCAGACAGAGUUCAAAUAUUCAACCAAACGAAAGUCUUGGACCUCUUGUCACCUGCGGUCACUCGAUGCAUGAAGCUCACAGAGGGAUGUGGAGCUGCUGGGCUUUUGGAAGCUAUCGAGGUUUUUGUGGAAAAAUACAUAUCGUUGCAAAGUCAAGUCCUGCAAGAUCUGCUAAAAGAAAAGAGCGACAGAGAGGAUUGGACGUUGUUUCAAAUGUGUCUGAAUAUGCUUCAGUCAAGUGGUGAACUCAUGGUGCAGCUUGAAGAGCUAGACAACCUUUUGAGCCAUAACUUGCGACAGUUUUUGAAACACGUCUCCGCAUCCACCACUAGUCCCUUUGAACAGCACGACGAAUUACUUCUCACUCCCGACGGUCGCUCAAAUUUUCACCUGCUGAUGACUAUGGCCAGCCAAGGGGAUCCAUUAAUGGAGCCAUCACUGAGGAAGGGUACUAAUUUGUGCUCGGAAGCGCACAAAACUGCCGUGGAAGUUAUUUUUUCUCCAGUCACCACUCACUUUGAAGCCGUCUUGGCCGCAAAGACCUGGAAACUAUCCGGCGUCUCUGCUGACCUGCCAGAUUUUAGUUUCUCUCCUCAAGAAUAUAUCACACAGAUUGGUCAGUAUUUGAUGAUUCUGCCGCAACACUUGGAGCCAUUCCUGGACAGCCAGUCUUUGAAAAUCGGCCUGAUCAAGGCAGGUCUUGAUAUCCAAGGCAGUGCGGCCGAAUUGCUACUAAAUUCUGUAGCAAAAACAAUUAGCCAAGCCUACUGUGAAAAAAUUCUUACAUUGGAAGAAAUUGGUCCUGCUGCAACCAAACAACUUGCAACAGAUAUCAACUAUUUGGGCAACGUUUUGGAAGAUCUUGGAAUGUCUCUUUCGGAGCCACUGCAACAAGUUUGUCUAUUGCUGAAGUUGCCACCUCAAGACUAUCAGACGGGAAGUUCCGGGUGUUCACCAAGACUAGUGGCUGCCAUUCGGCAAGUGAGGACAUUAACAUCUUCUAACUGAAGUGUGAGUUCCGAGAGGUAAACACUAUAAUUAUUAGACUUGUUUUAUUGUGAUUUGAGACUCUUUGCUAUUUAAGUUAAUACAAAAGUUUAUUAUUAUAUCAG